AUGAGCGCCUUGAUCAGGAAUCUCCGCCCCGCGCUGUCCGGGCUACUGCGGUCCAAGCCCGCUAUCCGAACGCCUCUUCCACUGCCGUCGUCGACCGCCCCGUGCCCGCGCUGCUACCACGCGCCGUCGACGCGGCGAUCUCACGAGGCCCUGCGAUCGCCGCCCCGCCUUGGCCGCCUCUUCCAACGUGACUCUCUCGUCCGUCGACCACCGCCGUCGUCGCCGCAUGCGCCAGCGGUCCCACUCCCACGCCCACGGCACUACUCCAGCCGGCCAAGAAGUUCCAGCGACGUGAAAUCCCAGAUAGUCUUCGCGGGGGUCGUCAUCAUCGUCGGCGGCGCGGUCACCAUCUGCUACGGCACCUUCGAGACCGUGCCCUACACCAACCGCCGCCACUUCGUCGUCCUCACGCACCCGGGGGAGCUCAAGCUCGGCGACUGGAUCUUCACCGGCGAGAAGAAGAAGCUGGGCGACAAGGUCCUCCCUCCGUCCCACCCUGCUUUUGUCCGUGUCCACGGCAUCGCCUCCGAGAUCAUCCGCGCCGCCGGACGCAGCCUCGCCGUCCACGAUGACAAUAAGCUCCUUGACGGUGAAAUAUGGGUCGGCGACGCGGCGCCGAGCUCCAAGAAGAAGGCUCAUACUCGCUGGGGAACGCCGAGGCAGCCGACGACCAAGCACCUCGACGGGUUCAAGUGGGAGGUGAUCGUCGUCAACAAUAAGCAGGUGAACGCCAUGUGCGCGCCCAGUGGCAAGAUCAUAGUCUACACCGGGCUGCUCGACAAGUUCAGCACCGAUGCUGAGAUCGCCACGGUGCUAGGGCACGAGGUUGCGCACGCCAUUGCAAGGCACACCGCAGAGGGGCUUACCAAGAACAUGUGGAUUCUCAUGCUCACGGUUUUCCUGGGCAUCUUUAUCGAUGACCCAAAGAUGAUUGAUAAGCUCGCCAAAUACCUCCUCAGCCUGCCCUUCUCACGAAAGAUGGAGAUAGAGGCAGAUCACAUUGGAAUCCUGCUGCUCGCUGCCGCUGGUUUCGAUCCACGCAUAGCCCCUAAGGUCCACGAGAAGCUCGGAGAGCUCGGUGGGAAUUCAUCAUCGUUCAAGGAGUACAUGUCUACUCAUCCUUGCAGCAAGAAAAGAACGCGGCUUUUACUGGAUUCCAAGGUCAUGGACAAGGUCAUGGCGUUAUAUACAGAAGCAAGAGCGAGAAAAGAAGAAAUUGAUCAAUGA